AUGGCUGGCUCCAAGGGAGUUCCAGCUCAUUACCAGGAGCGACCUACGAAGGCAGGCCAACACAAGCUAGAGGUGGCAAUCAGAAUCCCUUCUUUGUAUGGGGCAGAGUGGGUGGACGAGCACAGGCAGCUGCACAAGGACGGCUCUUGCAAGUGUGCAGGAGACUUUUCCUUCUACAAGAGUCCAGAGCCCAGCCAGUCCCCCUCAUCCAGCGACACAGCACAGCUGGAGCCCUCGACACCCUCUCAUCGCCACAAGGUCGGCACAGCCACCACCCCAAAGCCCCCUCCCCUCGUGGUGAGCUCCUCCUAUCCCCACGUCCACGCCCCGCUGCGCUCCCCAGGCGCCAUCUACGAGGUAGACCCGACCAAGUCCACCAACAAGCUCUACAAUUUCGCCUGCGGCGAGGGCGCGAAUAUGGCCUCGCUCGCCGACUUCCAGUCCGUCGAGUUCCCCAGGGCAGUGGGGACCCUUCCUCUGGUGGGCCUGCCUAUCGGCGCGGGGCCAGAGGGCGCGCCGGACCUCUCCCACGUGGGAAGCUUCGAGGACUGCGUCCUGCACACCAGGAACCUCAUCGCCUGCAUGGGUGAUGAGCCCACGGCGGGCUCUUGCCCACCAAGAGCAAGUCGCCAGCAGCAGCAGCAGCAGGGUCUUCCUGCGCGGGAGCGCUCUCAGAGCGCCAGCUCGAGCGCGGAGUCUCCUGACUACGAAGACUCCGGCGCUGAGGAGGACCAGCCCUAUUUCAGCUGA